UAAACUGGACUGGGACGGUGUGUGUGGAGUUGCUCCUGACUCGGGUCGGCUGGAAGAAGCUGUCGCUACAAAAGAUCUAUACAUUUACGUGGGUCACGGUGCAGGCGCUCGAUUCCUCGACAGCCAGGCGGUCCUGAAGCGGCAGAUGAGAGUAGCCUCUCUGCUUUUUGGCUGCAGCAGUGCUGCUCUGGCAGUGCGCGGGAAUCAGGAAGGACAGGGCAUCAUCCUUAAUUACCUCAUAGCAGGCUGCCCCUUUGUUUUGGGAAACCUGUGGGAUGUCACAGAUAGGGAUAUUGAUCGCUUCACUAAAGCCUUGUUGGAGUCGUGGUUUUCUGCCGGGCCCGGAGCUUCUCUCCUGGAUUAUAUGGGCUCAUCACGUCAGGCCACACACCUGAAACACGUGAUAGGAGCUGCACCUGUGGUCUACGGCUUACCAGUUCACCUGCAGUAGAUGGGCUGCCAAACCAAAACUCUUUCAAAAUAAACAGGAUGUGAACAGUCUAUACAGUAUCUACAUUUUAUUGUUUCAGCACCAAGCUGGAGGACAUGACUUUAACUUUUUAAAAGUUGUUAAUUCUUGAUUUUUGCAGGUUUUGAAGAUUAAAGUUCUGCAUUUUUUAAAUUUUAUUUAAACCAUUGUUUCUAUUUUUAAACCAA